UCUCUGCAGCAACUGCCCGGUGCUUUGUCAUAACAUAAAAGUCAAGAAAAGAUAUAUUCACACAUGUUUACCAACACAUUCAACAUGGAUCCUGCUUUAAAGGACAAUUUUACUAAUAAUACCCGUAUCUUCAAAGAGACAUUGGACAGAAUAAUAGAGAAGUAUAUAAAUGUCGGUGACGGGGGGAUAGACGUGAACAUCGCAAAGAUACAGGAGAAAACUCUUCAACGCUACAUGAGACUUUCCAGAAAGAACCUGAAAUCACAGUUGGACUCAACUUGUGAAGAUGAUGCAGUUGAUGAGACGUCUGGCUCCAACAGCCUGUUAGAUGCGGUUGAGAGGGAUGAGAGCUCAGUGGAGGAGUGUGGGAGCCGCUUGUUUGAGUUCCAGCCGGAGGACCGAGAUGAGGGGCUGCAAAUGUCUCUGAGUAGUCAUGGCAGCUCCUUGGGGGAGCUUUACCCUGCCAUGAUUAGACGGAUGAAGAAGGCUUGGAAUGGGCAGCAGGCCUCUGUGGCCGCCAGUUCGGUGCUAAGGAAAUACCGCAGGUGGAGACGGCAGCCAAAAAGAAGCAGUCUCAACAGCAUCUUUGAUGUCUCACUCAGACACGUUAGUGGCAGCCCAAAAAAGAUGACCAGCAAGGGACUGCUUAACAGCAGCUACAGCAGUCCUGGAAAGAAGCAGCUCAUGAGAAGUAAGCCCACCCCUGGGUCUGCCUUGCAGACGGUUAUCAGUCUAUAUGAUGGGCAAGUUCAGCAGCAGUCUCAUGGUAAGGAGAGAGAGCAGCCUUAUAUCCGUGUUAUGGACUUGUCAGCGAUCAACAAACCAGAGAUCUCGCUGAAUGACACCUUCACUGUGUCUACAUUGCCCCGACCCGAAGCAGCCUCUUUGAGAGAACAAGUCCCUGUUUUCUCUGGCAGUCCUUCCCGGCCCUACUAUGCUGUUGCUAAAGCCUCCAUGGAUCCCUCCUUUAAGAUUAGAGAAGUUUCUGUGCCUUCCCACUUGGCACAGACUACGAUGUGCCCCACAUAUGCUCCAGAAGUUCCUGCCAUCAAAGAGAGGCCUGAUGUAUACUGCUCCCCAGUCAGGCGGAGUCCUUUCAAGACAAGAAUGAUGCCCGACCACAGUCCAUCUCCCCGUGCAUUAUUCAAAAGCUGCAAAGAUCAUGUGGAGCAUUAUUCCAGAGAGUCGGCGAGACCAAGGUCACUGUCCUCAUCUCUGUCCACAACCGUGUCCUCAUCUCCAGAAAGACCCGUUGUGCAGCUAAGGAGGCUUCACCCUCAAGACUCCCAUCCAUCCCCCCAGCGUCAGCUCCGCUCGCCUUACUCUGCUGGGGCAGCAGAUGGUCAUCAAAAGCUUAGGCCAAGGUCACUGUCCUCAUCUCUGUCCACAACUGUGUCCUCAUCUCCAGAAAGACCUGUUGUGCAGCUAAGGAUGCUCCACCCUCAAGACUUGUCAGCGAUCAACAAACCAAAGAUCCCGCUGGAUGAGACCUUCACUGUGUCUACAUUGCCCCGACCCGAAGCAGCCUCUUUGAGAGAACAAGUCCCUGUUUUCUCUGGCAGUCCUUCCCGGCCCUACUAUGCUGUUGCUAAAGCCUCCAUGGAUCCCUCCUUUAAGAUUAGAGAAGUGUCUGUGCCUUCCCACUUGGCACAGACUACGAUGUGCCCCACAUAUGCUCCAGAAGUUCCUGCCAUCAAAGAGAGGCCUGAUGUAUACUGCUCCCCAGUCAGGCGGAGUCCUUUCAAGUCAAGAAUGAUGCCCGACCACAGUCCAUCUCCCCGUGCAUUAUUCAAAAGCUGCAAAGAUCAUGUGGAGCAUUAUUCCAGAGAGUCGGCGAGACCAAGGUCACUGUCCACAUCUCUGUCCACAACCGUGUCCUCAUCUCCAGAAAGACCUGUUGUGCAGCUAAGGAUGCUCCACUCUCAAGACUCCCAUCCAUCCCCUAAGCGUGAGCUCAGCUCGCCUUACUCAGCUGGGGCAGCAGUUGGUCAUCACAAGCUUAGGCGCCACCUCUCCUUCGACUCUGCCCAGCCACCGAAACCCAUCUCUUACUUGUCAGAGAAAGUUGAUGAAGAUUUCAAGAAGCUCUACCACAAGUUAAUGUGUGAGAACAAAUCUGAUUACGUCAAUGGGCCUCCCUGCCGCCUCUGUGCACAAAGCUCCGAGGCCGGUAGGGGCCACUCUUCAUCAGCGCUGGCAGCUCUGGCCCUGUCACCCCACCGCUCGGUCCUGAGGAAGCGCUACAGGGACUGGUUAUGGGAGUCGCAUCCCCGUCCUAAACGGUUCAGGGAGGAGCAGUACACGCACUCCCCUGGGUCCAGUCGCUACAUGAAACAGAUGCUGAGGCCAUGUCUUCCUGGGUUUCCGUACGAGUCGAGUAACAGCAGCAUCUCCGGUAGCCCCAGUAAAUACAGAAGACAUCAGCCCACGAUGCAUCAGUGAGCCUUGACAAGUCGGUACCAGCCUGCGCCUGAUUAUUCUGGCCGUGGGGUUUCAGAUGAGUGCACAACGGCCAGCGGCUACUCCCCGAGCUGGUGAUAAAUCCAGCAUUUUCCCGGCCAUCCACCACAUUUGUUCAACGGUGAUUCAGAACCGGCGGGGACAAGCUCAUCCAACAAAUGUUUCCAGUACAUUGUUUUAGAAUGUUUAACAGCCCAAAAAGUGGCUUAAUGUACACAGUUUACACAUGUUUAUAUAUUUCUGUAAUUUCUAAAAGGUGUCUGAUUGUACAUUUAUUUUAUUAUCUUUCUAGUCAGGCUAUACUUGUUUUGUGGUGCAUUGUAUCCAAGUGGUUUUAAAGCUUUUAUAUCCUAAUUAUGUAAUAACAGAGCACACUGCAGUUAAUCAAUUGCAAUACAUUUGUUUAUUCAGUGUUUUAAAAAGGUUAGAAAAUAAAAAGAUGAACAGACUCAAUACAAGAGUGGUUAUUUUUAAGUACAUAAGGAAAAUAA